AUGUCCAAACCAAUCUCCAUCUCCCUCACCGCUCCGAGGCCCCCCGCCACCACCAAACAACCCCUGGGCAAGAAACGCCCAGCAGCAAACCUAGCCUCGGACUCGGAUGACGAUGACAGCAACCACCGCGAGAAAGUGCACGUGAUAACCGCCUUCGACGCCGCUCGCGGCGGCGCGGUCGGCGAGAAGCAGGAGGAGGAAAAGGGGCCGUUAGUUAUCGCCGCGAUGAAGAAUCGAGAUUGGAGGGCAGAAGCCGAGCGGAGGAGAGGGAAGGGUAGCGUCUGGUUGCCCCCGGAGGCGCUUGCGGGCCGUUCGGAGGGGGAGGGAGCGAUGGAGGUGGACACAGGCGCGGGGGUGCACUACGGAUUGCAAGUUUUUCAGAGACGUACGGAGGAUAACCAACCCUCUCCACCUCCACCUCCGCCAUUGGGGGAGGCGGGGGAGGAGCCCGUGGGUGCGAAAACAGAAGAGGAACAAGCUCUCGCCGCGCUCCUAUCCGAUUCCUCAAAACCUCCCUCGACAACGCUUAUCCUCCCCUCAUCUGCCGGAAACACCGACUGGCGCGACCGCGACGAGCUACAAGCUUACAAAGCCGACGUGGCCUCCCGCCCGGACGUGCCCACCUUGGACGACUACGCUGCCGUCCCCGUCGAGGAGUUCGGCGCGGCGCUGCUACGGGGGAUGGGUUGGCGGGAAGGGACGGAAGUUGGCGGGCGCGGAGGCGCAGCGAAGCAGAGUAAGCUUCGCAUCGUGGAAAAGCGACCGGCGUUCCUGGGCAUCGGAGCGAAAACCAAGGAAGAAGUACCCGAACUCGGCACCUGGGGCAAGGCCGACAAAUCCGGGAGGAAGCGGGGCGGCAAGAGGGUGGAUACUACUUAUGUUCCUGUAGUGCUGGUCGAUAGGAAGACUGGCAAGGUCGUCGAUGAGUCCGAAGUGACCGAGAGCGGGAAGGGUAUGGAUGGCGGCGGUGGCACGGAUAGGGGCCAUCGGAAUGGCAGGGACCGGGAAUUCACUCGUGACGAUCACGACCGCCGUCGGCGGGAUCGCUCCAGGGAUCAUCGGGAUAGUCAUCGCCAUCAGAAGGACCGCGACCGUCACGACGAUAGAUAUCGUGACCGCGAGCGCGGGGAGAAGUCGCAUAGGAGCAGGGAUGAGCGGGAUAGCCGUAGGAGGAGUCGGGAUAGAUAUGAGAGGAGGGAUAGGCGUUGAUGGCUAUCGAAUUUGUCUUUUUUAGAUUUCUUUUUUUCUUUUUUUACUGCUCAAGAGUGUCCUGUGCAUUAUCGUGCUCACGAAAAAUCACUCGAUGGGAUAAUCAAUUGAGGACGGUUAGAUUAAUCUAUGUAUGAUACAAACGGGAGGUGAGGGGAAGGAUGAAAGAGGGGAGGAAAGACUUUUUUGUGGAUAAAACCUCCCCUCGCCCCGUGACAGACAAGCAAGCAAAGCAAGAUUAUGAUAUAUACAUCACCUCCCCGGCCUCUUCGCGAACCUUGCUAACGCGGGCCCAAAUUCCUCCUGCGCGCUGGCCGGCAAGCCCUUACUCCUGAGCUCCCUCUCCUUCUUCAGCGCCUCCAGCUCCAGCCUUCGCUCGUCGACGACAUUCCUCCUACCCUUCUUGCGAAGGUACUUGCUGAGGGCGGAAUUUUUCCCCCGCAUCUUAUUCUUGACUCGGACGCUCGACCCCUCGCCCGCCUCCCGCAGCUUCUCCGCAGCCUCCGGCUCUGCGCCGCGCACCUCUUCGCUGCCCUUGCCGAUGCGACCGAUAAAGUUCGGGUCUAGGGAUAUCAUUUCGGGCUGUAGUUUGUUGAGUAGGGCGGAGACUUCGCGUUCUCUGCGCUGCUUGGUGGUUUCAUACGGGUUCGCUUCGAGCGCGUCAAAGUUUGGUUCGCCGGCGCCGGGGAUGAUGAGGUUUGAGAAGCCGUUCUGGUGUCCGGCGCCCAGGAUGUCGUC